AUGGAAGGAAGUUCCAAUAAAAAUAUAGACAAACAGAUUCAAUGGUUUAAGGAUGGUAUUACUAAAGGCUACAUUAAUUACUACGAUUAUACCGAAUUUAAUAAUGUUAAAAUAAAAUUAUUACACAGAGUUAGUUUUCAUACAAACAUUAUUAAAUUCUUUGGUAUUACCGAAAGAAAAAAUAAUGAAGAUAAUAUAGAGUCAAAUUAUUUACUUAUUCUUGAAUGUGCAGAUAGUGGGACAUUGGGAAAUUAUUUAAAAGUCAAUUUUGAUAAAUUAGAUUGGAAAAUGAAAUUGCAGUUUGCUAUUCAAAUUGCUGAUGCAGUAUCAUGUAUACACCAAAAUGAUAUCAUUCAUUGUGAUCUACACUCAGAUAAUAUACUCAUCCACCAGAAUACAAUAAAAUUAGCAGACUUUGGACUUUCACGUAGAUUGGCUGAAGUAUCAACUCAAAAAGAUAUUCUUGGAAUAGUACCUUAUAUUGAUCCACAACAUUUUCAAGAGCAAACAAAAAAUGAUACUAAUGGUUACCACUAUAAACCAAGUAAAAAAUCAGAUGUGUAUAGUGUUGGAGUACUUCUAUGGGAGAUAUCAUCUGGUCAAAAGCCGUUCAAAUCUUAUGAUAAAUUUUAUCAAAAACCAAAAUUAAUAAUGGAAAUUAUAAAUGGAAAAAGAGAAUCACCAAUUCCUAAUACACCAAUUGAUUACAUUAAUAUUUAUAUAAAAUGUUGGCAAAAUAAUUCAGAUGAUAGACCAGACAUGCAAAAAGUAUUUUCUGACCUUAAAUCAAUCAAAUUGAAUACAAAUGAAACUAAAGCAUUUGAAUUAUACAAAGAAGCAGCUGAAAAAGGUGAUAUUAUGGCCAUAAAGGAUCUUGGAAAUUGUUAUCAAAAUGGAAUAGGAAUUGAAAAAGAUGAAACUAAAGCAUUUGAAUUAUACAAAGAAGCAGCUGAAAAGGGUCAAAUUGAUGCAAUACUAAAUCUUGG